GGCUGGUAGUUGCCGCAACUACCGCUAGGCGGCAGCAGUAGGGUGGGGUGGAGGGGGGGAGACCGAGUCUGAGUAGUCUGCUACCACUACACGAUCAAAAGAAGUGAAGUUGGUGUAUUGACACGCUGACGACAUCUUAACAAAUCGGAUUUCGCAACAGGUGUUUGUUCAUCUCGGGAUCAAAUUCCUGCUUCUCAUCGAUAACCGAUAAACCGUCAACUGCAGUGUGAAGUUUUCUGAAAAUUAUACAACCAAGGAAAAUAAUGAGUGCCUUAUUAGCUAAUCGUGUUACAGCAAAAUGUUUGUGGAGUGUGCAACCUCAUCGUUUGUAUGCAACAAAAGAGAGAGUAAUCGACAAAGUUCUAAUAGCAAAUCGUGGAGAGAUAGCAUGUCGUAUUAUGCGCACUGCGAAGCGUCUUGGAAUGCGCACUGUUGCUGUUUACAGUGACGCAGACCUUAAAUCGAUGCAUGUAGCAAUGGCGGACGAAGCUUAUCAUAUUGGUCCAGCUUCAUCCCAAGAGAGUUAUUUAAGAUCUGAUAAAAUUCUGCACAUAGCGGAAAAAUCUGGAUGUCAUGCCAUUCAUCCAGGAUACGGCUUUCUCUCUGAAAAUGCUGAAUUUGCUGAACUCUGUGAAAAAACUAAUAUUUCUUUUAUUGGCCCACCUGCUAGUGCCAUAAGAGACAUGGGUAUCAAGAGCACUUCAAAAUCUAUCAUGGAUGCUGCAGGUGUACCUGUUAUCAAAGGGUAUCACGGAGAUGAUCAAAAUGUUGAGAGACUGGUAACUGAAGCUGAUAAAAUUGGAUACCCAUUAAUGAUUAAGGCAGUUCGAGGUGGAGGUGGGAAGGGAAUGCGUAUUGCAACAAAUCAAAAUGAAUUUAAAGCACAACUUGAGUCAGCAAAAAGGGAGUCCAUGAAAGCAUUUGGAGAUGAUGCAGUUCUUUUAGAACGUUAUGUCCAGAAGCCCCGCCAUGUAGAAGUUCAAGUGUUUGGUGAUAAACAUGGUAACUAUGUUUACUUAAAUGAAAGAGAUUGUAGUGUUCAACGGAGACAUCAAAAAGUUAUUGAGGAGGCACCAGCACCGGGUGUUUCUCCAGAACUUCGCGUUCGAUUAGGUGAAGCUGCUGUGGCUGCUGCCCGAGCUGUUAACUAUGUGGGUGCUGGAACUGUAGAAUUCAUCAUGGAUUAUAGCACCCUUGACUUUCAUUUUAUGGAAAUGAAUACUAGACUUCAAGUUGAACAUCCCAUCACUGAAAUGAUCACAAAUACAGACUUGGUGGAAUGGCAAUUGAAGGUGGCUGCAGGAGAAAAGUUACCACUGACUCAAGAGCAAAUUCCUGUAAUUGGUCAUGCAUUUGAAGCCCGUAUCUAUGCUGAAGAUCCACGGAAUAAUUUUAUGCCUGGAGCUGGUCCUCUCACUCACCUUGUUACUCCAGUUACAAGCACUGAUGUUAGAGUUGAAACAGGUGUCCUGCAAGGAGAUGAGGUUUCUGUCCAUUAUGAUCCCAUGAUAGCCAAACUGGUUGUGUGGGGGAACAACCGGAGUGAGGCUUUGAGAAAACUUUACUCCAGACUGUGUGAUUAUAACAUUGUUGGGUUGGAGACUAAUGUAAACUUCCUCAUGAAUUUAUGCCAACAUAAGGAAUUUCAGAAAGGGAAUGUACACACAGGAUUUAUUCCUGAACACAAUGAUGAGCUUUUUCCAGAACAAAACUAUUCCAGCAGUCUUCUUGCACAGGCUGCAUUUGCAUCCAUUCUGUGCCAGCAGAACAGAGAUGUACUGAAUGCUGUACAUGGAAAUGAUCCAUUUAACAAUUUCUCUGGCUUCCGUCUGAACCAUAAACUCAUUAGGAAAUUUAAACUAGUAGGUGGAGGGCAAGAACAUGUAGCAGAAGUAAAAUACAACUCUCCAGAAGACUUCAAAAUUAGUAUUAAUGGAGGAGAAGAGCUGGUAGUAUCUGGGUCACUGAUAAAACAUAAUGGCAAUCUCCAAUUAGCCUGCUGUGUAAAUGGUCACAUGAGUAAGAGCUCUAUAGCCGUGCAUAAAGAAGACAUCUUCUUGUUCACAGAGGAAGGGAAGUUCCAAUUUUCCGUACCCACCCCUAAGUUUGUGAAUGAAUUAUUAAAACUGAGUGGAGUUAGUGAAGGAUCAGCAGUCUCUCCCAUGCCUGGGGUAGUUGACAAAGUUUUUGUAAAAGUUGGUGACACAGUCUCUGCAGGAGAUCCACUGUUAGUCAUCAUUGCUAUGAAAAUGGAAUAUGUUAUUAAGGCUCCCAAAGCUGGUGAGAUUUCUAAAGUCUUUUACAAUGCAGGAGAAAAUGUGCGCAAGAAUGCAUCACUCAUUCAAUUUCUUGGUGAUGAAUGAAUUCAAUAUUUGCUCAGUUGUUGAUACUGACAGUUCCAGUCAGAAAUGGCAAAAGAACACUUUUUAAAACUUUGCACAGAUCUGGAUUUCCAUCUUGUUUAUUAUUUUAAAAGAGUUCUUGCUCUUGUUUUAUUUGUUGUUAUUGUUGCUUUUUGUUAUCUUUUCUGUUUGAAACAUUUCUUAAUUAUGUUGGUUUGGCUUUGUGCAACAACUAGUCUAAUUCAAUUCCAGUUUUAAGUAAAUCCUAUUUUUAUGUUUUCUGUUAUUUACAAUAAGUCCAUCCAAUUUAAUGAAGUACAAAUUACUAUAAGUCUGAUUUUUAUGUGUGACUGUUUCCUGUGCUCAAUUGUGUUUUAAAUUAUAUCUCGAAAUAGUGA